AGGCCUGAGUGGGAGGAGGUUGGCGGCGCGUUUCUAUGCAGUGAGGCGGCGCGUGCCCUCCCAGCUCCAGACUGCGGCCGGCGGAGUUGUUCUUCACAGAAAUGGCGGAGGGGGAGUUGGACGUCGACUCGCUGAUUUCCCGGCUUUUAGAGGUGCGAGGAUGUCGUCCAGGGAAGAUUGUCCAGAUGACGGAGGCCGAGGUGCGAGGCCUCUGCAUCAAGUCCCGGGAGAUCUUCCUCAGUCAACCAAUCCUUCUGGAGCUGGAGGCUCCGCUCAAAAUCUGUGGUGAUAUCCAUGGGCAGUACACAGACCUUCUGAGGCUCUUUGAGUAUGGCGGCUUCCCCCCAGAGGCCAACUACCUGUUCCUGGGCGACUACGUGGACAGAGGGAAGCAGUCUCUGGAGACCAUCUGCCUGCUGCUGGCGUACAAGAUCAAAUACCCAGAGAACUUCUUCCUUCUCAGGGGCAACCACGAGUGUGCCUCCAUCAACCGGAUCUACGGCUUCUACGAUGAGUGUAAACGCAGAUUCAACAUCAAGCUGUGGAAGACGUUCACAGACUGCUUCAACUGCCUGCCCAUCGCUGCCAUAGUGGACGAAAAGAUCUUCUGCUGUCAUGGAGGUCUCUCUCCCGACCUGCAGUCUAUGGAGCAGAUCAGACGCAUCAUGAGACCCACAGACGUGCCUGACACAGGCCUCCUGUGUGAUCUGCUGUGGUCAGACCCAGACAAGGACGUCCAGGGCUGGGGAGAAAACGACCGCGGCGUCUCCUUCACCUUUGGAGCUGACGUGGUCAGCAAGUUCCUCAACCGCCACGACCUGGACCUCAUCUGCAGAGCCCACCAGGUGGUAGAAGAUGGUUAUGAGUUCUUUGCAAAGCGGCAGCUGGUGACUCUCUUCUCAGCUCCCAACUACUGUGGAGAAUUCGACAACGCCGGCGGCAUGAUGAGCGUGGAUGAAACUCUGAUGUGCUCCUUCCAGAUCCUGAAGCCAUCUGAGAAGAAAGCCAAGUACCAGUAUGGGGGGAUGAACUCUGGCCGGCCCGUCACCCCUCCCCGCACAGCCCAACCUCCAAAGAAACGAUGAAGAAGGACGGAAGGAGGAAGAGACGCAGAGAGUCAGAGAGAGUGAGAAUUGUCAAAGAAUGUCUCCUGAUGGCUUUUCACUAGACUAAAUAAGUAAAAGCAACACUUGCAGAUGAGAAAACAGAUGAGAGCAGCACUCCUCCAAACCUGUCUUUCAUUUAAAAACAUUUCCAUAUCUCCCUCUGAACUGCUGUCACUCUCCUCUUCGUCAACGCUUAUUUUUCUCUGAAUCUGUGUAGCAUUUUUCAAAACGAUUGUUAAAAGAAAAAAAGAGAAAACAGUACAAGUCAUUCUGCAGCAUAUCGAAACGUUUUCUCUCCUCGUCUUUUUGUCCUUUGCCGUUUUUAUUUCCUUGACAACAGAAUGACAACUAGUUCAGCUGACCACAUCUCCUUACUCUGUAAGGCACAACAGGUAUUAAUGACAACUGCUGGGUUUUCAAUAAAUAAUACAGGAAAUAAAUCGC